AUGCCUCGUCAAUAUAAAGGUUGCGACAAUUGCCAGAAACAGAAGAAAAAGUGCAGUCAGACGCUUCCGCGAUGUGACAGGUGUCGCUUCAUCGCCGUGCUUUCAGUCACAGACCCCAGGUAUAACCUCAAAACUCUUGGCAGCUGGCUUGUCGACAUUCCUUCACAUCUCGGCAAAGAUGGUCUGCUUGACACAGCGACGACCGCCCUAACGACUGCUGUGGAAGAUUUACGCGUCGGAAAACAGUCGACGGCUGCUUGGUCAAGCUAUGGCAAGGCUAUCAGCCGUCUAGGACAUGCUCUGAGAGACCCUGUCAAAGUAAAAGAACCGUACACCCUUGCCGCUGUGUUUAUGAUCACGCUUUGUCAGCCAUGGUUAUCGCUCAAGGCGGACUACGUUAACCACAUCCAGGGGAUGGCUCAUCUCCUGAACCUCAGCGCCGGAAAGGAGUGGAACAGUCGCUUUGCCGAGACUCUGCGCUUCCACGUCAUUUUUCCCAUUUAUCUCGCAAUGGCAAUCAGUUCGGACAUCGAAAUUCAUUCCUGGUAUGCGGAAAAAUACUCCAAAUUGUGCAGUCAGGAUGACCUCUCGAGCGACCGAGAUGUGUCGCCGAUACAAAGUCUGGACAUAUCUGCGAUCCUACGAUACCCGACAAUUCUUCGAAAUCCCGAACUUUAUGGUGUAGAAUUACGCAUGCGUUAUGAACAAGCGCUGCUCGAUGGCUAUGCUCUCCGCACGCGAUUGCACUCAUUGGACGACUUGAACACGACGACAAAGUCCCCGAAUCUAGAACUUCAGCGAGUGCAGGCCCAGUUGCGGCUUGCUUACGCCGCGGUACUUUACUACUCUCUCGUUAUGAACGCAUUCAUAUCUGCACUGGAUCCUUGCAGCCAGUUUCUACCAAGAGACGCCAUCACAAUGGCCAAAGAAGCCAUCGAGACAGCCAACGUGGUUCUCAAAGACGCGCCAAUUAGCCUUGGUUUUAUGCCGCUCUGCCUCUUUGCUGCAUCGCUUGCUACUACAGAUUCCAAGAUCUUGUGCGACAUCGAAGUCGCCCUUGUCGCUUACAAAGACCACUUUGUAGAGUGGCACCAUCGACAGAGAUUUCACGACGCAAAGCAGUCUAUCGAUGAAAUCAAAACCAGAAGACUGGCUUAUUUACGAGGAGCCGGCUGCCGUUGA